UCCAGAGGCGGAUGUUGUUUUUAUAUUGUUUAUGUGGCAACCGAAAAGUAAACAGAAAAAAGAUCACGUUUUUAAUCUUUUUAUGAUAAAUAUUCAUAUUUUCUUACUAAGUAUUAGCAAAAUAUUGUUACGAGCGUAAAAUGUCAGCCACAGACGCUCACUCCGGUGAAGAUGAUGAUGAUGCCAUGACUGAUUUGCAAACGGAAAACACAACAGAUGAGGAUGAUGAUGCACCGGCCAACGCAAACACAGGGACAAGGAUAAACACACCGACCAUUACUGAGUUCAGUAGUAAACCUAGCACUAUAAUAGCAGGUGGUGGAAAAGUAGAAUCAGAAGCCUUUAUUCCAAACUCAAACAUCGUUACUCACUGUAUAUACACUAAUGAUUUGGAACGCUUAACUAACUGCUUUGACAACCAAAGCGAUGCCAACAGGAAAGAAGCAAUUGACAAUUUAAACAAAAGAGACUCUGUUGGGAAAAGCCCUCUAGAUAUAGCAGCAUGCCUGGGAAGAGAAGAAAUUGUGGGAUUACUUGUUGAAAGGGGAGGGGAAAUAAAUAAAACAAAUUCUAAAGGAUACACAUGCCUACACUAUGCUGCUGCUUGGGGUAGAAAAAAUGUUUUAAAGAUCCUCUGUGAUAAUGGAGGAGAUUUACAGAUUAGAACCAUCCAUAAUGAACGUCCCAGAGAUAUAGCUAUCAGAUACAAUCAAGAAGAAUGUGUAAAUUUUUUAGACUGGGCAGAAGCCAAAAAUUUGCUGCAAGAUUCAAUUAUAGAGGCUCAGGAAUUAAUGAAUGAACCCACAGACAAAAAUGCCAUUACUAAGCUUACAAGGGAGGACAAGUUCAUUCUCUUAAACACUUGCAAAGAAAAGCAGGAUUGGCUGAUUAAUAAUUUAGAAGCUACCACUCAGGAAUUUAUAACCCAGAGGACUUCUUUUAUAAACAUUGUCACUCCUAUUUUAAAUAAAAUUACAGAUUCAAGGAAGAACAGUCACAUGCGGAGUGAAUUUUCAUCAGUUGCAUCAAGUUUACAUUUAAAAUAGUAGCAAAUUAAAUUUUACCUUUUUGAAGGCAUCUUUUUCAAUGCAACUUUUACAACUAAAAAAAAUUCUGUUACUUUUUGAAGUUUUUAGUUUGCAUUUCAGUUUAUUGUUUUUAAUAAAAGUACAAAAUACUCCAGACUUCACUUUCUCUAUAUUGCAUUUUAAAAACCUUAAUUUAUUAAUAUUUUUAGUAGCAGAUGCUGCCCAAUUUCUU